GAUCACUCCAGUGUUAGUAUACAUCGAAUCAGUUGUUGGGCUUGAUGGCCGCUAGGCGUUCCCAUCAGGAAUAAUUUCGGGCGCCGAGCCUUAGAUUUGUAAUGUGAUUUGUGGCUGGAGGUACAAAGUGCACGCAACAGAUUUGUACGGCAUUAGCCGAGCGGCGUUACAAUAUUGCCAGCACUCCCACAGGAGCCUCGGGUCGGCAGAGCCGCGUCUGAAAUAGCCGCCGGACCCCGCGUGUGCCGACACUUUCCUCAAGACUGAUGUCCCGUCGGACAAGGAAACGGCGUUUCUUCAGCAGCGAGUCAAAUUAGAAGCACAUCUAUCAGGGCAGUAGCGAGGUGCUCGAGCUGGUAACUUCGACUUGCCGUGGCUGUGGGGAGCGGGGAAGGCUGGAGAGGCAUUUCGUGCCGUGUAAGACUUGCUAGCGGAGAGAGCCAUUCAUAUACAUAGGCACUUAAGUUGGAAGGACACACGAGGCAAUUACAGAGACGGUUAAGAAGUGUCCGUCCCCCGCAGCAUGGAGGCUACGAAAGCCGGCGUUCUGCUAGCCUGGCUGCUUCUCUUCUACACAAAUGUUGUUCGUGGCCAGCCCGGGAUAGAGCUCACCUUACCGCGAAGCGUGAACGCAAUAGUCGGGAAAGGUGUCGUCCUUCCCGCCGCUUACUCAACCAACAGACGCAUCAACCUCAUCGAGUGGAGCGUCAUCGACAGGGCCAACACCAAGGAACGGAGGCCCGUCUUCCUCUUCAACCCCAACACGGGAGUGUUUAACUCCGGGUGGAACUAUGGAAGAAGGGUCCAUCUGGAGGAGCAGGCAUCCCUGCGAAUGGAUCACACCAGAAGGGAAGACGCCGGGACCUACGUGCUGAAGUUAACCACUGAUGACUUACAAACAACGGAGGCACAGGUCGAGCUGGUGGUCAUGGUGCCACCGACAGUGCGGGUCGGCCCAUCAAACCCCCAUGUCGUCACAAAAGGCAAGAGCGUGACCCUGACGUGCGCCGUCAGAAACGGGUUUCCCAACAUCACGUCACUCACCUGGCAAAAGAACGGCGUCCCCAUAGAGAGGCUGACCCCGGAUGACCUGAAGUACACGGCGGGAACUUUGAAGUCGCCGAACCUCGUCAUCCGCAGUGUGGACAGGACGGAUGCUGGGAAAUACACAUGCGCAGUUAGCCACCCGGCCAAGGAUAAGGAUAUUAAAAGCGCCAUGUCCUUGAACGUAUUAUACAAUGCAGCCAUCAUACGCAUAUCCGAAGCACACACGGUCCCAGCCAAAGAGAGCGUGACGCUACAGUGUAUCGCCGAAGGGAACCCCCUCCCCAACAUGACAUGGACGAGAGACGGAGUGGUGAUGCCGUCCAAGCUGCAGUCCGUGUCCGGUGACCUGCGGUCCUGUACCAUGGUACUACACAACACCAGGAUGAACGAGACAGGCUCCUACAUGUGUAAAGCCUGGAACGGCAUAGACAAACCGGAUGCCAAACCGGUGUUUCUCACCAUUGGCCCACCAGCCAAAGGCCUUGAUAUGAGCACGGUUGCCAUAGUGAUCGGAGUGACUGUGGGGUUCCUGUGGGUCAGCCUCUGUUUCAUCCUGCUGGUGUGCUACAUCCGGCGGCGCCGCCACAGGGCAGAGAAAACAAAGUUCGCUUUCUACUACAACCUGGGGAAGAGGGAGCCGAACAAGACUGACGAGAAGUCUGAGGAGGGACCCAAGGUUCCAGCCAAGCCCCGACUAUCUGCACCCAUGAACACGGGAAUUGGAACCAUGAGAAAGUCCAAGAAGGGACAAGAUAUGACAGAGAGAAGGUACGCUAAGGUGCUCUAUCCGUACCUUCCGAUCGAGGAGAACGAGCUGUGCCUCCAGAUUGAUGACGUCAUCGAGGUGCUGGAGGGGGAAGAUGGCGGCUGGUGCCUGGGUUACCUGAGGGGCAGGAUAGGCCUGUUCCCCUCCAACUACGUUUCUUUCCUCAAGGCGAAUGAAGGGAAGCCAGUUGCACCUCCCCGUUCAGGAAUCGAGCUGGACGACACCGGAAAACGAAGCAUCUAGAAACAUAUCGAAGACCGUCAGACGAUAUUCCCCAUCUACUCUCGGUUUCAGCCUGAUAAAUGGGAUGUUCUCAUGAUGAAGCAUCUUAAUAAGUAGCUGUACAUUAACUUUUGAAGGUGUAAGAAAAUGAGGUCAACACUAAUACUG